AUGAAGUUCACCUGUAUAAUACUUCUACACGCACUCAUUUGCUGGUUCUUCAAGAUGACCAUCGCGAGUCAGUGUAAGGCAGCAUCUUACUCCAUACAAGAUCACGUGCUUAUAAACCACGUCAUCAAGGCCGGGCCUGCAGAGCUGAUUGAACACUGUAUCUCUUGGUGCAUCGAACAUACCGGUUGCCAUAGCAGCAACUUUUAUCGGAUAAGCAAAUGGUGUGAACUGAAUGACAAAACGCACGCUUCCCAUCCUGAAGAUAUGAGACAAGUUCAACUUACAAACUACAUGGAGAAUACUCUCAGACCUCUUACCUGCAACAAAGGCUCAGACUGCGGCAAAAAUUUGAUUUGUUUUCUAUCGAAGUGCCUAGGUGAGUUGGGGGAUUCCUUCAUCCUCCUCUGUCCUUCCUCAGUACGUAUCUAAAAGAAAAGCAAUCAAAUUUUACCGCCGCCAGGUUAGCCUAAUUGGAUAAGGGCUGGUCUGCCAAGCGGAAGACUACUGGUUCAAACCUCGCUCGGACUAGCACUCAGGGAGUUUAAAUGACUGAGAAGAAACUGCCGCCUUUGUAAGACGGUGAGACUUCCUAGUCUUCUCGAAUAAGGAGAACCCUUGCACUAUCAAAUUCUUUGAGACGUUCGCAAAGAGUAGGAGACGCAGUCCCCGUUGUGUUGUUCUAGUCUCAUUCCACAUGGGGAGAGAGAAUGUUACAGCCCCGCAGUAAUUGGCUCCAAUAAGCGAUGUUGCGGUGACCCUACCAAAAAUUGGCGACAUCAAAUAAAUAAAGUAGCUUUGAAAAGACUGUUAAACUGUUUUUUUUCUUCUUCUUUUUCCAGAAUGCGGUAUUCAUGCACUUCCUUACCUUUCAUUUCGCCACGUCCUAAGUCGGUAGCUACGGAGGAGAAAGUAGCGACCCGCGCUCGGAACCGAUCGGGCAGAUUUAUUACAAGGUUAACGUUUACCGGUGGCUCCGCGGACCCGUGGCCGAAGGAAUGAAGUCGGCCAGUGGUUACAAAUUGACCUUGGGAAGGAAAGGCUGCUGGCAAAACUCGCCACACAGGGGAGACCUUCAGACCCUUCUUUGUGGGUGACGUCAUACAAAAUUAAAUUCAGUUCAGACAUCGUCAAAUGGGAAGAAUACAAGGAAAAUGAUGCUGUGAAGGUAUUUGAUAUGGUUUUAUAAAAACGAUUCUGAUUCCGGGGUGGUGACACUAGCAAAGUAACAGCAGGAUGGCUACUUCGUCUACAAACACUUCAUAACUUUCGAGCCAAACAUCCCAAACUUAAUUCAAUACCUUCCAGAUUAAUAUUUGAAACUGUUAUAUAGCUGGAAAUUUUUCCCAACAGCGCUCACUCUCAUUGGUUACUUCGAGGUCACUUGACAUCUAACAAAGAAACUGUUUCCUACCAAAAUUCUUAGCGGGCAAAAUUACAAAAAUCUAUGACGUCAGACGGUAACGGUGCACUGUUACCCGCGAAUGUUGACCGACGACCGCCGUUUCAGCGACGUUUAAUGAAUUUCCAGCUUCAAAAAUUCCACCUAUAUUACAUAUCACUUAAAGACUGGUCCCUCGGGAAACACUAAUUUUGUUUCCGUCGAAUCUCAAUGUUUUCCUCGGCUCCGCCUCGGGAAACAUUGAGAUUCCUGAGGGAAAAAAAAUAACUGUUUGCCUCGGAACCAGCCAUUCAUUUGAGUGUUUCUUGUAAGGUCUUUUUUUCAGGGGCACCCAUCGUCAAUUUUCGGAAAAUAUCUGUUCGGAAGACGAUUUGAGAUCUAGAAUUUUCGGAACAUUUGUUGUAAAAUUUUUUGCUUGCCGGCCUCUCCUAGGUUUUUCGAACAUCUAAAAAAUGGUAUAAUUGCCUAUUUUUAACGGAUUCUUGCCCUCUCUAAAAAAGUCACCUAGAAUCAUGUUUCGCGAGCCUUUUUUCUGGCUGAAAUUUUCGAAAAGGUAACUAAAGUUUUAAUCCCUAUAAUUUUCGGAUCACUAAACGUUCAGCUAGGAAAUCCGAACAGAUGAAAAAUUUUUUAGGGGAUAAAACUAUGCCUACAUCUACCGUUUAAAUACUAAAAUACAUUUAACAAUGCUACGUUUAAGUGGUUGUGAACUAUACUCUCGUUGGCUGGCCUGAGUUUUAGAAAAAAAAAACUAUUAAAAAAAUUAAAAAUUAAAAUGUCUAGAUAGAGUACGUGUUUUUGAGAACAUAGAAACUGGUUUUUCCAGUAUAGAGAUUCUUCAGGAGCCAGAAGUCCAUGAAAAUCAGCUCAAAUAGUGAGAUUUGAAAUACACUGAAACUUUUGGACAGUUAAUGUUAUACUGUAUAUUUGACGUUUGACGGUUAAAAAAUAACCUUUUUUGACGGGUGACGGUUAAAUUUUAGGCCGUUUGACGGCUGACAGUUAACCCCAUUGAGAACCUCUCUUAUAUAUGGUUGAUUCUAAGAAAAGGCGUCUUCUGCUUACUGUAUAUUAAUCAUAGCUUUGGAACAAUGUAGUAGCCUGUACACAGACGUUGUUUAUUUUUCUUUUCGUUCNCAGCCAUUCAUUUGAGUGUUUCUUGUAAGGUCUUUUUUUCAGGGGCACCCAUCGUCAAUUUUCGGAAAAUAUCUGUUCGGAAGACGAUUUGAGAUCUAGAAUUUUCGGAACAUUUGUUGUAAAAUUUUUUGCUUGCCGGCCUCUCCUAGGUUUUUCGAACAUCUAAAAAAUGGUAUAAUUGCCUAUUUUUAACGGAUUCUUGCCCUCUCUAAAAAAGUCACCUAGAAUCAUGUUUCGCGAGCCUUUUUUCUGGCUGAAAUUUUCGAAAAGGUAACUAAAGUUUUAAUCCCUAUAAUUUUCGGAUCACUAAACGUUCAGCUAGGAAAUCCGAACAGAUGAAAAAUUUUUUAGGGGAUAAAACUAUGCCUACAUCUACCGUUUAAAUACUAAAAUACAUUUAACAAUGCUACGUUUAAGUGGUUGUGAACUAUACUCUCGUUGGCUGGCCUGAGUUUUAGAAAAAAAAAACUAUUAAAAAAAUUAAAAAUUAAAAUGUCUAGAUAGAGUACGUGUUUUUGAGAACAUAGAAACUGGUUUUUCCAGUAUAGAGAUUCUUCAGGAGCCAGAAGUCCAUGAAAAUCAGCUCAAAUAGUGAGAUUUGAAAUACACUGAAACUUUUGGACAGUUAAUGUUAUACUGUAUAUUUGACGUUUGACGGUUAAAAAAUAACCUUUUUUGACGGGUGACGGUUAAAUUUUAGGCCGUUUGACGGCUGACAGUUAACCCCAUUGAGAACCUCUCUUAUAUAUGGUUGAUUCUAAGAAAAGGCGUCUUCUGCUUACUGUAUAUUAAUCAUAGCUUUGGAACAAUGUAGUAGCCUGUACACAGACGUUGUUUAUUUUUCUUUUCGUUCUUUCCAAAAACACGGCGAGCGGCGCGAGCGCGCGAGAACGCUGGCGGUCAAUAAACCCCCAUUCGGUCUAUAUUUUAUCACGCGCGCUCGAUGGACUGUUUUAAGAGAAAAUUGAGGGUCUGUGAACAGGCUAACAAUAUAGAGGCCUCGAGGGUUAGCUAGGCCUUCUACUUUUUGCAAAAUGGAUAUACUCCUUAUUUUGCAGGUUUUCACGAGAAGAGAAAUUUCUGACCGCAAGACGAUCGUGUCACACGCUCUAAAUGCAUUUCAGGGUUAUGAAAAAUGUGAACUUUUAUUCCCAUUGCAGGUUUUCGCAGCAAAUUCUGACCGUGACACAAUUGUUUCACACGUUCUAACUCCAAGGUUCCGGGCAAGAUACGUACGGUUUGUUGUGCUGACUUGGCACAGGCAUAUAUCGAUGCGAGUGGAGCUGUAUGGCUGUGCUGCAUCGUGAAGGAAAACUUACGAGAUUAAUGAGUGCAAUGUAAAUGAGUCAGCAAGUCGAUGAAUCAGUAAGGGAUGAGUCACCUCCAACAUUAACCCAAACCGAAAAACUAACUGUAGCCGGCUAAACCUUACCCUAACCUCUGAUUCUGGCUAUAACCACUACCCAAAACCUAGCCUUAAUUUCUAACCCUAACUCUCGAUCAGUUACCCUUACCUCUAACCCUAAUCCCAUCCUUUAACUCGAUCUCCUUACAAGAAACCUGACCCAUAACUUGACUCAUAACUCCCGUCAUUGACUUUUUUAGCCUUAUAAAACAAUCGCAAAUGUUUCAGAGUACUUGUAGCUUCAUGCUCAAAGGAUUAUUCGUUGUUUAAUGUAGAGCUUUUACCGGAAUCCUUAGUUUUGAUGACAUAUUGUAGAUAACGUAGAUCAUAGAAUUGCGGUAUACAUGUAAUUGGAUAAAGGGAUUUAACAUGUUUAAUUAGCAUUGUAGUGUCAACAUUAUAACUUACAAUGAUGCUUUUCAGUUUUGAUUAACAUUGUAAGGCGGCACCAUAAGCUGCACGAGCUUUAAUUCUUGCUGAGUUUGAACAAAAUUUGCUGUUGUAGUUUGUCUUUUGGUUAAACGGAUAAAACUUAAUGCUUACGCCUCAGCAAUCAGGGCCGAGUUGCUCAAAGCUGCAAUUGGUUAAGAUAAACCAGGGUUAAGACGAAAUUUGAACUCAGUUAUAAAAGCUUACAAAAACAAAUUCAUUUUCAUUCUUUUCGUCCACAAUUUGAUGAUUGGAUACUCUAAAGAGAAUAGCAAAAAUUAUCAGAGGAAAUGCUUUUAAAACAAAGAAAAAGAAACUCGGAUUAACUGAUUUAACCCUGGGUUAGCGCUAAUCAGCCUUCGAACAACUUGGCCCUGUGCUCUAGCCUCUUAUGACCGAGUAGAAGAAAGAUCUCAUAGCCAGCAGGAAGUGCACUUCCAUCGGGAGACCUGAUAGGGUACGUGGUGCUGAACUUCGGGGGAAGGGUACUUGGGUUAAUUUUUGCUCGGUAUGUGCCGCUGGCCUCUCAGAGCCCCUUCGUUCCCAUUAUAGUCUAUUCGUUGGCCAAUUAAAGACCCCAUCUUAGUCACUUUUGGGCAAAUAUAAAAUUUUCGCGAUCCCAUUUUUGUCACUUUCUAUUUAUGUAGGCUACCUUAUAUUGAAUGAAGAACGCAUUACUUCAUUUUGCUACGUUUGCUAACCCUAAAUAUGACGAACUGUCUUACCCCCAAAAAUAAAAAAAUGUGUGACCCCAUUCUAUCAGGAGAGAAACGAUAUAACGACACCACAGUGAAUACCAAAAUUACAUAAAAGACUGUAUAAGAUGCUUGACAGAGCGCGAUGGAGGACAGUAUUCGCGAAGGUUGAUGAGAAGAAUGAACGAGACGAGGAGAAGAAAGAAAAAUAAAGUCUCUAAAGUUUUCUAUCGAAGUGCGUAGGUGAGUUUUAGAGACAAACGCCCAAAGUAUACAUAAAUAACCUUGUCAUUUUUUUUUUUCUAAAUUUGUAAUUUGUUUACCCACACGGAGCAGUUAGGAGUUCUUAAGAGCUCGUUGAAACGUGUCCGUGCGUUCCAGAUCGAGCUGAAAUUGGUUGGAAUUGUUGGUUUUUAAGGAGAGGGUAAAACCGGAGUAAACGUGGAGAAACCUCUUGGAGUAAAGGAGAGAGCUCACACUACGCCACAGUUGCUCUUCAUCACUGUUGUGAUCCAGCACUUCGAAACUAUGAUGGACACAAAUUGGGUCAUGGCCAAGUAUUUUUUGCACUAAAUUAACUUAUUUAAGAAAGGGUUUCACAACGGAGUUAAACUUAUGUAAUUUGUUGAUCUAGUGUUUGCAAAUAUAAUGUUGUAUUUCUGUUUGGAUCACUUAACAGAAUGUAGUAUUCAUGCGCUUGGAAUGGAAAAUAACCUUUUGCCGAAUUCAGCCAUCACAGCCUCCUCGGUAUGGCCGCACCCUGGACACGAAUCUUGGCUAGCUCGUCUAAAUAAUGUUCCAGUUGGCAUGUUUUGGGGCUCCUGGUCAGCGGCAUCGAAUGAAGCUGGCCAGUGGUUACAAAUUGAUCUCGGGGAGGAGAGGCUGGUGACAAAACUCGCUACACAGGGGAGGCCUUCUCCACAUUCGGCUCAGUGGGUGACGUUAUACACAAUUUUGUUUAGUUCAGACAACGUUAAAUGGGAGGAAUACAAGGAAAAUGAUUUUGUGAAGGUAUGCGAUGCUGGUUUAUUUUUUUUUCAACGGGAAUCUUUCACAUACGAGGAAAGGCCAUCGCCACCUGCCAUCGCCAAUUUCUUUUAAUCCUUCAGAAUAUUAAACUGUUAAAACAUUUCGUUUCUGUUCUAUUGAAGUUUUUGAGUUUGUACAUAUGUAUGAUUGUGUUAUACAAUUAUUAAUCAGAAUACGAAUUUUAAAUAAAGAUUUCCUACCCCUUUCCACCAAAAUCGGUUGAUAGGUUAAUUAAACAGCUAAAGGUAUGGUUAUAGUGGAAAGUGCACUUAGCUCAUCCAGCUAGUUUGCAGGCCCUCCACUUAAACAAUUAGAAAGAAAUAAUACAAACAGCGGAGGAUUGAAAACCCCAACUGGUGGGAGGCAACCAGACUUGGCUAUUUACAACCGUGGCCGAGGAUUUGAACUCGAGACAACCGAGAACAGAUCCAGCAAGUGGCCAGAGCGGAACUUGAACCCGGGACUGCCAGAUUGGGAGUCCAAGGCGCUGACCAAUCGGCCACGCUGCCUCCUCCAUUCUGUGUCAGACAACACCAACCUCUCCCCGCCCAUAACAGCCACUUGACUUUGCCUCCAGUGAGCGCAAUACAGAGGUUUCUGUGCGCUGCACCGUACACUUAAACAAUUAUUUAAAUUUAACUAUCAGUAAAGGACUGUUUACGAGUGAUUGUUUUCGCCAAAUGUAUUUAUUCUCUUUGCAGGUUUUCACUGGAAAUACUGACCGAAGCACAAUCGUGUCACAUGCUGCAAAGUUCCGGGCCAGAUACGUGCGGUUUGUUGUGUUAACGUGGAAUCAGCAUAUAUCCAUGCGAGUUGGAGCUGUAUGGCUGUGCUUUCCAUAA